AUGCUACUGGAGCAUAUGAAUGUCUCAUGCAAAGACUCAUCCAAUUUCAUGAUCGGUUCCGGUGAAAUUGUGUGCGGUCAAAGAGGAUGGCUAUCCACGCCAAUUUGUCGAAAACUUCACUGUCCCGAUCUUGAAGACAUAGUAUCGCCGUUGUUGAAUUUGACCUACAUUGGCGGAGACAAAAAUGCCAUUGGGACGAGGGUGGAAUUCACAUGUCGUAACGGUAAACGAGACGGGCCUGCACGCAUCUUUUGCAAAAAAGACGGAAACUUUGGCGCGAAAUGGUCAAAUCCACCACCCACGUGCACAGUUUACAACAAUGUCUCGCUUCCUCAGACAGCAUCGAGUGUGACUACG